GGCAGCUUCAAAUAAGGACCAAUCCCGCACAACCUGGGAAACAGACGGUGAUAUAAGGGCAAGAGUCCGUUCAUAUGGCGUAAUACCAAACAGGACUUGGCAGGUCACCGUUGGAGUUUCCCCCCCACACACACACUUUUGAGAAUGUGUGGGAGAACUGCGUGCACCCUGCACCCUGACGAGGUGAGCCGCGCCUCCGUCUACAGGGACCGAGGUGGUAAGCAUCGACAGCCGAGAUGGAGAGAUGGGGACGCGGAGAAGUACCAGCCCUCGUACAACAAAAGUCCGCAUUCCAUGAGUCCAGUCCUGUUGUCUCGAAGACAUUUUGACGAGACUGCGCCUUUAGAUGAAUGUGUCCUGGCUGCUAUGCGUUGGGGCUUGGUACCUGCCUGGUUCCGGGCGGAUGAGCCAAGCAAGAUGCAGUACAGCACUAGCAACUGCCGCAGUGAGAGUCUGCUGGAGAAAAAGACUUACAAGAACCCCAUUCUAAAAGGACAACGCUGCGUCAUCUUGGCUGAUGGUUUUUAUGAGUGGAGGAAAGAGGAGAAAGGCAAGCAGCCCUUCUUCAUUUACUUUCCACAGACUCAGAGUCAGGGGGAAACAGAGGAUCAGGUCGAGGAAGCAAAACACGGGGACAAUUUAAAGACAGCCUGCACUCAAAAAGGUGGCUUGACAGAUCUGGCUGAGGAGGAAAAAGCAACUGUCUCGUGGACUGGGUGGAGAUUGCUGACUAUAGCUGGAUUGUUUGACUGCUGGACACCCGCAAGUGGUGGACACCCUCUUUAUAGUUGCAGUGUCAUCACUGUGGAUGCCUCUCCUAACCUGCAAGGUAUCCAUGACAGGAUGCCAGCAAUUCUGGAUGGAGAGGAAGAAGUGAGAAAAUGGCUUGAUUUUGGUGAGGUUAAGUGUUUGGAUGCCCUCAAACUGCUCAAGCCAAAAAACAUUUUGACCUUUCACCCUGUAUCUACACUAGUCAACAAUUCUCGCAACAACUUUCCCAAGUGCCUGCAGCCGGUGGAUCCUCAGACAAAAAAGGAGCUAGAGCCGACAACCAGCAGUAAGAUGAUGAGGAACUGGCUGAAGAAAAGCACACCUACAAAAAGGAAAGAACAAGACACGCACAGGGCCCAAGGAGAAAAACAAAUCAAGCAAGAGGAACAGCCCAAGUCUGCCAGACACCUUGAUCAAUGGCUUCAGGGUGCCAAUAAGAAAGCCAGAACAAAUUGGAACAUUUAGACCGGAAUCCCAAUAUUGUUGAACACGUGCCUUAUUUUUGUAUUCUCCUUAACUUAAUGACUUGAGAUUUUGGUGAGUAAUAGGGUUUCAGUUCAAUGUUUUAUAGGACCCAAUACCACAAUUUAUGAAUGUUACAUAUUUUUUGAAGUUGUUCGGUUGUUUUCACUUGUUUCAGUUGAAGUUGUUUGUUUUUUGAAGUUGUUGGAACAGUUCCAGAUGGGGACACUUAUAGGUCCCAAGAAAUAAAUGUAUUGUAUUUCAUUCUUGUUACUUUUAUCGUCACUUAACACCAUGUUCUAGAAAUUCAGAGAAAACUAUAGUUACUUAAUGACUUGAGAUUUUGGUGAGUAAUAGUAUUUCACUUCAGUGUUUCAAUGUUUUGUAGGACCCAAUACCACAAUUUAUGAACGUUACAUAUUUUUUUGAAGUUGUUCGGUUGCUCUCACUUGUUUCAGUUGAAGUUGUUCAGUUGUUUGUUUUUUGAAGUUGUUGGAAAAGUUCGAUUGGGACACUUAAAGGUCCCAAGAA